ACAGGGAGAUAGUUUCCUCGUUUCGCUUCAUCAGCGUGUCUCCCCCCUCCUCUGCAGCUGAGCUCCAUCCACCCCCCGGGGGUCUGUGAGCUGGUCGCUCUUCAGUUCCCUUCUGCRGGGUGCAGGCAUGGCCGAGGACCUGUAGCUCCGAGCUCCGACUUCUGAGAGGUUUUUGUUUUGAAAUCUUUCCGGCGGCGCCCUCCAAGCCUCAGCCAUGAAGACCAUUUUAGCUGCAUAUUCUGGGGUCCUCAGAGGCACCGGCUCCAGCAUCCUCUCUGCCUUGCAGGACCUGCCAGCAGCACUCUGGCCCUGCAGGUCCAGGAUGGAAAAACAUCUGCAGGUCAUUUCUGUGCUGCAGUGGGUCAUCUCCUUCUUAGCUAUGGGUAUCGCCUGCACUGUGCUGCUGGUUUACAUGUUUUGCACUGACUGCUGGCUGAUCGCAGCUCUCUACACCGCCUGGCUCAUUUUUGACUGGAACACCCCAAAACAAGGUGGCAGGAGGUCGUCUUGGGUUAGAAACUGGACGGUGUGGACAUAUUUCAGAGAUUAUUUCCCUAUCAGGCUCAUUAAAACUCAUGACCUGCUGCCCAACCGGAACUACAUACUGGGCUACCACCCCCAUGGCAUCUUCUGCUUUGGUGCUUUCUGCAACUUUGGGACGGAGGCGACUGGCUUCUCCAAGAAAUUCCCCGGCAUCAAGCCUUUUCUGGCAACGCUGGCAGGAAACUUUCGUUUGCCCGUCGUUCGAGACUACCUAAUGUCUGGAGGUAUCUGCCCAGUGAACAGGAACUCCAUUGACUACCUGCUGUCGUGUAACGGAACAGGAAAUGCUGUGGUCAUUGUUGUCGGAGGAGCAGCAGAGUCCCUACACUGUGCCCCCGGCAUGAAUUCUGUCACUUUGAAGAACCGUAAAGGCUUCGUACGGCUGGCCCUGCAGAAAGGGUCUGACCUGGUUCCUGUGUAUUCCUUUGGAGAGAACGAUGCCUACAGGCAGGUGAUCUUUGAGGAGGGGACCUGCUGGAGGGCUCUGCAGAAAAGGCUGCAGAAGAUUCUGGGCUUUGCUCCGUGUCUUUUCUAUGGCCACUUCUGGGGCAUUGUGCCUUUUUCCAACCCCAUCACUACUAUAGUUGGAGAGCCAAUAACAGUGCCAAAAAUUGAGAACCCAACUGAGGCGAUGGUGGAUCUAUACCAUGGGAUGUACCUCAGGUCCCUGCAGAACCUCUUUAACAAGUACAAGACUCGCUUUGGUCUGAAAGAGAGCGACGUCCUCCACGUCCAGUGAGAGGACAAGCAGCUCCUGCUGAAGACCUGAACUGUCCCGGUGGCUGGUUUAUCUCUGGACUGUGAAACUGUUCACCCGCAGACUUUAGCUAAAGAAACCUCUGCUUCCACGCACAUAAGCAAAGCUCUGGCUCAGGGAAAGUUUCCACAGCAGUGGCUUCUCACUGUUGUACUUGCUUGGACAAUGUGACACCACCUCCUACAUUGAAAGCUGUGGAGACCUAUUUGAACUGGAGCUAAACUCCAUUUGGAGCUGUGAGCAGAGCUUAGAAACCACACCUGGUUUUACCUGUGCAGUCUUACUGUAUGUCUGUAAUCACUUCAGGACACUAAAUGCAAAAUACAGAAGCAAUGCAAGUGGUAGACACCACUUUAAUAUCAUGAUUAGCCCAAAGGUUAAUUGAGCCAAAGAUGAAUGUUGUUCUUUCAGUGCAUUGAUUUCUACUGUAUGUACGUGCCAAGCGGAAGUUUGUUGCCACCUGUGAUUGUAAGAUGCCAUAAAGUAUUAAUUCUAUUUUGCAGAGGAUGAAGCCUGUUUCAACUAUUGUACCUCUAAUGAUUUUUUAUGCACUUUUUGUAUUUUGUUCUGAAGACUAAGUCUUAAAGAACAGUGCCUUUUGAUGAGAUUCUUUUAACAAAGUCAGUGUGCUGCUUUGCUUUUUCUCUCAUUUCCCUGGCACCGGUGCAAUGAAAACCUUGAAUUUCUUGUUCGGAGGCCUUUAUCAAAUAUUUAGAGCAGCAAUUUAUAAAGCUAAAAGAGGUUUGUUCUGGACAAAUCUGGCAUCUGAUUCCAUUCGAUGUAUUGGAUAAUCAUACCUUGUGUGUGAUCGAAGGAUAGGGGUUACUCUUGAUGAUUCCUUAUUUGUAGUAAGUUACUGUAUUUAUUCAUGUAUAAUACUAGAAAUUCUACCCUAAAAAUCAUCCGUAAAGUGGGGGUAAAGUAUUAUACACGGGUUAUUGAUAAUUAGCUUUUUAUGCUUCGUAAGUUCAAAAAAUGAUUAUCGUAUUAUACUCGACAUUGUAUUAUACAUGAAUAAAUAUGGUAGUCAGUAUAAGCAGGUGUUUCUGGCCUUUGCCUGUUAUAAAGGCAGAGAAUCUUGGUCUGGUAACCAUCAGCCUGUGAAAGCUUUCGGCAAGUUGAUGAGUGRGAUGAUAAGAAGUAAUGCGAUCGAAGAUGAAGAGCAGUUUUCUCGUCUCAACAUUGUGAAUUUUUUUCUAAACACUGUAAUCCCUGUGCAAUAAGUCAGAUCAAUAAUAAAAACAGGAGAUCCCUUUGUGAUGGAAGACAUGUCUUCUAAUAUGUAAAUUAAAGUUUUUUAUGUUUUCAGGA